UUCAAACACGGUCCCGGUCCCGGUCCGGCAGCCUGUCAAACAAACCGUCUCUAUUUCUCUCUUUAAUCCUCCCCCACCUCUUCUUUCCCCAUAACCCAUCUCUCUCAUUCUCUCUCCCCAAUCAAUUUAAAAAAAUGAACAAUCUUUUCUCCAGCUCUUUCUCCCAUUUCCGGAACGAAUCCGCCGGAAACGUACAAAUAUCCGGUGGAAGCACCGGCGGUGUAAAUCUAGAUAAGUUCUUUGAAGAUGUAGAAUCCGUUAAAGAUGAUCUUCAAGAGCUUGAAUCUCUACAUGGUAGUCUUCAGAGCUCACAUGAACAGAGUAAGACACUUCAUAAUGCUAAGGCCAUUAAAGACCUUCGAGCUAGAAUGGAUGCUGAUGUUAGCACCGCUUUGAAGAAAGCAAAGGUGAUAAAAGUACGUCUUGAGGCUUUGGAUCGAGCCAAUGCUGCUAAUCGAAGCCAACCGGGUUGUGGGCCGGGGAGUUCUUCUGAUCGAACUCGAUCCUCUGUUGUUAAUGGUCUUCGUAAGAAAUUGCAGGAUUCUAUGAACUCUUUUAAUGGUCUUCGACAACAGAUUGCUGAGGAAUAUCGUGAGACGGUUCAACGAAGAUACUACACUGUAACGGGAGAGAACGCCGACGAGGCAACUGUGGAGAAACUAAUAGCGACAGGAGAAAGCGAGAAUUUUCUACAAAAAGCGAUACAAGAACAAGGUAGAGGAAGAAUAUUGGACACAAUCGCGGAGAUACAAGAAAGGCACGAGGGUACAAAAGAGUUAGAGAGGAAUCUAAAGGAACUACAUCAGGUUUUUCAAGACAUGGCGGUUCUUGUGCACCACCAAGGAGAACAAAUCGAUGACAUCGAGAACCAAGUUAACCGUGCCAGCUCCUUUGUUAGAGGUGGAACCGAAGAGCUUCAAGUGGCACGUAAACAUCAAAAGAACUCUCGAAAAUGGACAUGCUACGCAAUCAUUAUUCUUCUUGUUAUUAUUAUUCUCGUGGUCUUAUUAACUGUCAAACCGUGGCAGAAUAACGGAGGUGGAGGAGGAGGCGGGGGCAACAACACGCCCGUUGCAAACCCUUCUCCUCCGCCACCACCUCCCCCUUCUCCGACCGGUCAGUAGGGUGGAAGCCAGCAUUGCCUUGGAAGGAAGACAUUUUUAUUAUUUAUCAUCAAUUCAUUAUUGUUUGUUUUUGUAAAAUAUUGAUGUACCUAUAUGUAGAUCAGCGAGAGAGGUUACCAUAUUGGGCAUUUAUUAUUAGUUCAUACUUUAAUAAAUCUUUUGGAUUUGGUUUGAAUGACAUUGAAUAGAUUGUGGGUUUUGUAAAC